UGCUCACGUUCCGGUAUACUUUUUAAUAGAGAUAGGUAGUGACAUCACUUUGUGUCAGGAUUUCGUAAAUAUAAACAGAACUGGCAGAACAACCACUGUUGAUCAGCAGAUCGGAGAGAUAUAGUAUAGAAUGGCAGAAGAUGCAAGCUGUAGCCCCAGUCUUCUGAAUAAGAUAUAUAUGUUUAAGAGAGAGGGACCAGCAGCAACACUGCCACGGAUCUCCAAUGACUGUGAUUUCCAACCAGUUAGAAAUGGCAUUGAUGCAAACGUGAUAGAGCUAGAUGAUGAUGAUGACGACGUGUAGCCGUUUCAGCGUAAGAAGAUUACUUAUUGUAUAAUAGAUGAUGAUGACGAUGAUGACAUCCAAGAGAUACCUAUCGAGCCAGUACCAUCAGUUUCUGAAGAACAAGAGGUUAUUCCUGUAGAGAAUGGGGUAGAACCUGAGGCUGUUGAUGGCAUACAACCUGAGGCUGUUGAUGACAUACAUGAAAAACAAGAAUUACAAGAUGCCCUUGCACGCAGCAACUGGAAUGUGGAGCAAGCAAUGGCCAGACUCUGUGAAGAGAAGUUUUCUGAUACAGCUAAAAGAAAAAAUGAUGAUGAACUGCAGCACAAGAAAGUUAAGAAAGCAAAGAAAAGCUAUAGGGAUAUUGAAGACAGGACAUCUGAUGUUGAUGAUGAUGAUGCCCAGCCAUUCAAGAUAAGGUUAUUUGAUAGUGAUGAUUCUGAAACUGAAACAACUGAUGUGAGUAACCAUGACAAGAAGAAAGUCCUGGAGUUUUUGUCAACGGCAACAAUUCCUGAACUGAAAGCUAUGUCAUACUGUUCGCAGAAGAAGGCAGAGGCAAUUAUUGAGCAGCGCCCUUUCAGUAGUUGGAGUGAUCUCGUUGAAAAGUUUCAGAGUGGAAAACACCUUGGUACAGAGUUACUGAAUUCUGCACAGGAUAUCUUAAGUACCCGCAGGGAAGUGAAGGAACUAAUGAAGAGAUGUGUAAAACUUGCCAAAAAGUUAGAAAAAGCUGUGCUUGAAGGUGCUACUGGCAUAAAGGAGCAGCCAGAAUUGUUAUCAGAUGGUCUCAAGCUAACAGCUUAUCAGAUGGUUGGCCUAAACUGGUUAAUGGUUCUACACAAUCAGAAGGUCAAUGGAAUUUUGGCUGAUGAAAUGGGACUUGGAAAAACUGUCCAAAUAAUUGCAUUCCUAGCACAUCUCAAGAAACUUGGGAUCGCACAAAAUGUUCCUCACUUAAUAAUAGUACCUUCCUCAACUCUAGAUAAUUGGAGCAAUGAAUUUGAAAGAUGGUGUCCAUCUUUACGUGUUGCUGUUUAUUAUGGACAUCCUGAUGAAAGAAGACUAAUGCGUGUUAAGUGGAUCAAGGGCGGCAUGGAUGACGUUGAUGUUGUAAUAACAACGUAUACAGUCCUAAACAGUUCACCUGAAGAGAAAAAACUGUUCCGAGUGUUAGAAGUAAACUAUGUCAUACUAGAUGAAGGUCACAUGUUAAAAAAUAUGACAACUCAGCGAUUUGAAACACUGAUGAGGAUAAAUGCGAGGAGAAGAGUAUUGUUGACUGGUACCCCAGUGCAAAAUAAUUUAGUGGAACUUAUGUCGCUGUUAACAUUUUUAAUGCCAAAUAUGUUUGCUGGAAGAAAAGAGGAUUUAAAAAAGAUAUUUUCAAAAGGGCAGAAACAAGCUGUAGAAAAUGAAAAGAAAGACCAGCAACCACAAUUUGAGCAACAACAGAUUGCACAAGCACGAAGAAUCAUGAAACCAUUUCUACUGAGGCGACUGAAAUCUGAGGUAUUGAAAGACCUCCCCAAAAAGACUGAAUCUCUCGUGAUGUGUCCCAUGAAUAAAAACCAGAAAAUUAUGUAUGAUAACCUGGUUAAAGCCUUCUCAAAAGCUGCAACAGAGACUGAUUUAUCGGACGGCAAUGAGGGGGACGGUCUGAGUGGAAUAGGUAUGACAAUGGAUUUGCGUAAAAUGGCAAAUCACCCUCUGUUGUUACGGUAUAAUUACACUGACGAACAGCUGAAAAGUAGUGCUGCAUAUCUUGCCCGUAACCCAUCAUAUAAAGGGGACAAGGAAGAUGUCAUCUUUGAAGACCUAGCAUGUAUGUCGGAUUUCCAACUGCAUCAGUUGUUCAUAGAGUUCAAGGAGCUUUCCAAGAAUGCAUUACCUACUGAAUUAUUCUUUGAGUCUGGAAAGUUUGAAAAGUUUGAUGAAAUCCUGCCUAAUCUGAAAAGUGAAGGCCACAGGGUACUGAUUUUUAGUCAGUUUGUGAUCAUGUUGGAUGUUAUGGAAGAGUACUUGAGACUUCGAGAUUAUUCAUACCUUCGUCUUGACGGAAGUACCCAAGUAACAUUUAGGCAGGAAUUAAUCAAUACAUUUAAUGAAGAUGACAGUAUUUUCAUCUUUCUUCUGUCAACACGAGCUGGAGGGAUGGGGAUAAAUCUAACUGCAGCUGACACAGUAAUCAUCCAUGAUAUUGAUUUCAAUCCAUACAAUGAUAAACAAGCUGAAGAUAGGUGUCACCGUGUAGGGCAGUCAAGAGAUGUGACAGUAAUUAGGUUAAUUAGUGAGGGAACUAUUGAAGAAGGAAUGCUCCAAAUAGCACAGGAGAAGCUUUCAUUGGAACGACAGAUCAAUAGUGAAGAUAAUGUUGCGGACAGCAAGAAUGUAGUUUGUUUAUUGAAACAAGCACUUGGACUGGAAGCAAGGACUGCUGGCAAAUAAUUUAUACAUACUUAAAUAA